AUGGCUCCUUAUGAGGGCUUAUAUGAGAGGCAGUGUCGUUCUUCAGUUGGUUGGUUUGAGCCGGGAGAGGCUAGGCUGUUGAGUACUAAUUUGGUUCGAGAUGCCUUGGAGAAAGUCAAGUUGGUUCAGGAUUUGCUUCGCGCAGCACAAAAAGGUUUUUUCACUUCAUCUCAAGGACUAAAACAAGGAGAUCCGCUGUCUCCUACUCUCUUUGUAUUGGUAGCUGAGGUCCUUUCCAGAAGCCUAAAUAACUUGCAACAUAACAACAAUUUUACUCCUUUCACGAUGAACUCUCGGGGUCCUGUGGUAAGUCAUUUGGCAUAUGCAGAUGACAUUGUGAUAUUUACUGCAGGAAACACUAGAUCCAUUAAGCUUGUUAUGAAGGAGGUUAGGAAGUAUGAAGCAAUUUCAGGGCAAAUGGUUAAGCAGGACAAAAGUUUCUUUUUGACAGAUCCAAAGGUCUCCCCUUCUAGGAUCAACAGAAUAAGAACAACUACGGGGUUCUUGAACAAAGAAUUUCCUUUCACCUAUUUGGGUUGUCCUAUCUUUGUCGGAAGGAAGAGAAUUGUCUACUUCGAUGGCCUUGUGGCUAAGAUAGUAAUGAAACUUAAUGGAUGGAAAGGCAAGUUACUAUCGUAUGGAGACAAACUAACUUUAGUUAAACAUAUUUUGCAGGCUAUUCCAACUUAUACUCUUGCAGCAAUGAACCCUCCCAAGGCUACUUACAGAACUCUUGAGAAAUACUUUGCUAAUUUCUUCUGA